CACACCCAAUCAGGAGGGCCAAGGGAGGAGGGCUCUUUCCAUUCCAGGUGCAGAAGUGCUUACUAUGAGUUUGGUGCUGAGAGCCUGGGAGCUGAGAACACAUCUAUUUUCUUGGACUUCUUAUUGAGUGCUGCAAAGAUCCUCGGACACCCUCAAGCAUCACAAUGGAGAUAGUGACCUUUGAGGAUGUAGCUGUGAAGUUCACCCUAGAAGAGUGGGAUUUGUUGUCUCCAUGCCAAAAGAAGCUCUACAGAGGUGUUAUGUGGGAAACAUAUAUGAAUAUUACUGAAAUGGGAAGAAUAUGGUAUAACCAGCAAGUUAAAGAAGAGGAAAAAAAUUUCUCAAGAAAUCUAAGAUAUGAUGAAGACAAUUAUUUGAGAAUUGAAGAGCAGCAAUAUAAAUGUAAUGAAAAUGUAGAGACCUGCAGUGAUUUCCAGUCCUUUCAGAAGCAUGAAAUGAGGAAGACUGCUCAGAGACCCUGUCAAUAUGGGCAAUAUGAGGAGGUCAGAUCUGAUCUUAGUGAACAAACUCACGCUGGCCAGAAAAUCUUUGUAGGUAACAAAAGUGUGAAAGCCCACACAACACCUAACAGUGUUCAAAUCCACAAGACAAACCACAGUUUGGGAAACUCAUACAUACAAAAAUACUAUGAGAAUAAUUCUAUGUCUUCAUUCAAUAUUGAAAAACAUGUUAGAAAAUAUGGUAGAGAGAAACAUCCUAUAACUGAGAAAUGUGCAAAAGCAUUACCUCACAGUAGUUUCUUUAAAAAACAUAAGAAACUUAGCACUGGAAAGCAACCAUAUGAAUGCAAGCAAUGUGGGACAGCAUUUAGUAAACUCAGUAGCUGUGAAAGAAAUAAAAAUAUUCACACUGGGGAGAAACCCUCUAUAUGCCAUAAAUGUGGGAAAGCAUACAGUAAAGCCUCUGCUUGUAAAGCACAUGAUAGAACUCACACUGGGGAGAAACCCUUUGUAUGUAAGCAAUGUGGGAAAUCUUUCAGUAUAAAGUGCAAUCUUACUAGACAUAAAAGAAUUCAUAUUAAGGAGAAACCCUAUGUAUGCAACAAAUGUGGGAAAUCAUUCAUCACAGCAUAUGAUUGUAAAAUACAUGAUAGAACUCACACUGGGGAGAAACUCUUUGCAUGUAAGCAAUGUGAGAAAUCUUUCAGUCAAAAUGCUAAGCUUAUUAUACAUGAAAGAGUUCACACUGGGGAGAAACCAUUUGUAUGUAAGCAAUGUGGGAAAUCUUUUGUCCGAAAGGACAGUCUUAUUAACCAUGAAAGAAUUCACAGAGGGGAGAAACCCUAUGUAUGCAAUAAAUGUGGGAAAGCAUUCCUGACUGCAUCAAAAUGUAAAAUACAUGAUAGAACUCAUACUGGGGAGAAACCAUUUGAAUGUAAGCAAUGUGGGAAAUCUUUCAAUCAAAAAAAUAGCCUUAUUACACAUGAAAGAAUUCAUACUGGGGAGAAACCCUAUGGAUGCCCCAAGUGUGGGAAAGCAUUCAGUACAGCCUCUGCUUAUAAAGAACAUGAUAGAUCUCAUACUGGGGAGAAACCUUUUGUAUGUAAGCAAUGUGGGAAAUCUUUCAACCGUAAGUACCGGCUUAUUACACAUGAAAGAAUUCACACAGGGGAAAAACCCUAUGUAUGCAACAAAUGUGGGAAGGCAUUCAUGAGUGUGUCACAAUGUACAACACAUGAAAAAAUUCACACUGGGAUGAAACCAUUUGUAUGUAAGCAAUGUGGGAAAUCUUUCAACCGUAAGUACAGGCUUAUUACACAUGAAAGAAUUCACACAGGGGAGAAACCCUAUGUAUGCAACAAAUGUGGGAAAGCAUUCAUGAGUGUGUCAGAAUGUAAAACACAUGAAAAAAUUCACACUGGGAUGAAACCAUUUGUAUGUAAGAAAUGUGGGAAGUCUUUCAAUAAAAAAAAUAACCUUAUUAGACAUGAAAGAAUACAUACUGGGGAGAAACCCUAUGGAUGUGCAUAGUGUUGGACAGCAUUUAGAAGAGCCUCUGCAAAACUCCUGAAAGAAUUCACCUGGGGGAGAAUCACUUUAUCUAACAAAUGUGGAAAAGAAUUCAGUACAGUGUCUGGUUGUAAAUUACAUGAUAGAAUUCUCUGCAGAUGUAAUCAGUGUAGAAAAUCUUUCAGUCAAAGUGGUAUCCUUAUUAUACAUGAACUAAUUCCCACUGGUGAGAAACCCUUUGUAUGUAAACAGUGUUUGAAAUCUCUGUCAAAAUUGUACCCUUGUCAUGAAAGAACUCACAGUUGGUAGAACCUCUAUGGAUACAACCAGUAUGGCAAAGCAUUCAGUAUGCAGAGGUGCUAAAAUAAACCCUAGCUGUCUAUGUAAGCAAUUUGGGAUAUCUUUCAGCUAUAGUAGUAGUUUUUGUGUAUAUAAAAGAAUUCACUCCAUAGAUAAACCCUACCUAUAUGAGUACCGGGAUUUGUUGAAAAAUCUGCACUGCAUAAACAUAAAAUAUCCCACACUAGGGAAAAAUACUUAUGAAUAUAACGAGUGUAGGAAAACUUUCCACUACUAGAGAGAUUGUUGCUCCAUGACAGAACUCCCUCUGUGUACUAAUUCUAAGUAUUUCAACAAUGGUUGACAGCAUUUAGUGCACAAAAGUGCCAUCAAAUAGAGGAAUAAUGUACACAAGAAAGAAAUCCUGUGUAUGUAGUCAGUGUGGAAAAGAUAUGCUGCAGGUUUUCCCUUCUCCAAAUAAAAGAUUCCUUCACAUUAGGGAGUAACUGCACGUAAGAAGUAUUUGGAAAAAGUUGUGAUGUCAGAGGUGCAAACAUUCUGAAUAAUGUCAUAUUGUGGCCUGAACCUAUGAGUGCAAUGUGGGAAAGCAUUUGGUAUACAUGGUUAUUUUUAAUCCUGUGUAAGUAAUCAUAAUAAAAAGAAAUCAUAGGUACAUACAUGACUAUUUUGAAAAUAAUUCAUAAAUUUCUUAUGGAGGGGAGACGUAAAAAUAAUGCUUAAUUAGUGCUGUAAAUAUAUGUUCAAAAGUUUUUUUGAAAACACCCUUAAGCACAGAGUUAUCAAAAAAUGUUUUGUUUCUUUUUUUAUAAAUCACACAGAAAUAUCUCAUCUAUUUUUGUAGUCUUAAUAAAAAAGUACAGUGUUUAAAGAAA